UUGACUAUCGUUGUGCAUAUUUUCACGGACAGCAGUGGUUGGUUUUGGGUUUUCCUCUCAAAUCAUAACGUCAAAUCAGAAGGAUAGGUCCGUUCAAAUAUUGUCGUAAUUAUGAAUUCGCUAGCUAGUGAAAUUCAGGGAUUUUCCAAAUCACAUCUUAAGAAACAGUCUACGAGAGUGACAACAGUAACAGGAAGACAAUUAAUAGAAACUCGGAGCGGCUCCUCAGUCCAAGUUACAGAAUGCUCUCCUGAGACAGCCUUCGGGUUUGUCCAGGACUUGAGUGAAGACCUACAAGUUGGUGUAAUCAAACCAUAUAUUUUGCUCUCGUCCCAAGAUGCUGCUCAAGAUAUUGAUACGUUGAGAAAAUACAAGGUGACCCACAUCCUAAAUGUAGCCUAUGGAGUGGAGAAUGCCUUUCCUGACUUAUUCCACUGUAAAACCGUUACAGUGCUUGAUGUCCCUGAGACUGACAUCACAUCGUAUUUCCCAGAGUGCUUUGCCUUCAUAGACCAAGCCAGAAACCAGGGAGGUGUGGCGUUAGUCCACUGCAAUGCUGGAGUGUCCCGCUCGGCCUCGGUGGCGAUCGCGUACCUGAUGUCUCGGGACACGCUCCCGUUCCAGGAGGCCUUUGAUGCUGUGAAAGCCGCACGCCCGUCGGUCUGCCCCAACCCCGGCUUCCUCACGCAGCUGAAGAGCUACACGCCCUGAGUUACAGCGGGGUACACCAGGCAUGCUGAAGAGCUACACGCCCUGAGUUACAGCGGGGUACACCAGGCAUGCUGAAGAGCUACACGCCCUGAGUUACAGCGGGGUACACCAGGCAUGUAAACUGAUGCACUCCAUUCAUGGAGUGUGCUGCAACGAUUCACUACAAUAUACACAGUAUGUGGAAGUGGCUACACCAGACAUGAUACUGACACAUUACAUAGAAAAAACUAGACCAGUCUUGUCAACAUUUUUUUCACGUUCUGAUAAGGAAACGCUUUGGAUGCCCACCUAUAUUAGCUCCCCUUUGUACUGUGGCGUACCUACAGCCCACCUGGGGAAGGCAACCUGUGCAGUGCAGGGCUGAGCUGGAACCAGGUAACAUGCACAUCCUGAGAGACUCAUUGAGCAGCUACCAUUGUUUACCAGAUUUUUGACCAGUCUCUCUAUCUGUUACCAUGACGGUCACUCAACAAUGCCAUCAAGACAAACUUUUGUUUUUAACCCUUGCCUUUCACCUCAGUGUUUGUGUGUGUGUGUGGGGAGAGAAAAAGGGGUUAUAAUUUGGUCCUGCUUUUUGCGUGAUUGUGUCUGCUCGUGUAUCUUAGAUAUGCUGCUUUCGCAUCACGUUGUGCCAUAAUAUUUAUGUAUGUUUCUGCAUUUAUUUGUCAACAGAUUUUGCACUGAAAUAAAAAAGACCUUUUUUUGU